UUCUGUACUUUCUCUCUAACUAUCUCUCACACUGUAUUUAAUCGGCUUUGUUGAACUGGAACAAAACCCUAACCAGGGUUCUUGUAAGAAGAAAUCGCCGCCGUAUUGAUCUCCCGCCGUCACUUUCCCUUUUAUUUCUAUCUGACUCUUUCUUUUCAUAUCUGACGACUUCUCUAAGAGCUCAAGGUCACUCCUUUUCUGUUUCCCUCUAAAUUUCACUUUCUCCACAGUUAAUCCCCUUUUGUUUUCGCCAUCUAUGGGAUUGAAUUCUGGGGAAGGUAGUGUUUUUGUUAGCUCUGAUUGUUUCUUUUGGGGCUGAUCGUUUUUGGGUGGGUCAAGAUAUGAAGUGGGUUGUGGGAAAUUUUGGGUUUUGAUCAGUAAAGAUGGAAGCUUUGAGGUUGUAAAUAAGCUUUGGGGUUUUUUUUUUGUUUUUUUUUUUUUUUUUUAAGGGGUUUAGGGUUUGAUUACUGGUGGUAGUGGGUAGUGAGUAGUUUAGGGUAGAGGAUGUUGUCUGAAUUGGGGAGAAGGCCAAUGCUUGGAGGUAACGAGGGUUCGUUUGGGGAUGAAUUUGAGAAGGAGAUUGGUAUGUUGCUUAGGGAGCAGCGUCGGCAGGAGGCUGAUGAUCGUGAGAGUGACCUGAAUAUUUACAGGAGUGGGUCGGCGCCGCCGACUGUGGAGGGUUCUUUGAAUGCGGUGGGAGGGUUGUUUGCAGGCGGUGGCGGUGGAGGUGGAGGUGGAGGUGGAGGUGGAGGAGGGGGUGUUGGCGGUGGUGGGGGUGCUGGGUCUGUUCUUUCGGAGUUUCCUGGAGCUAAGAAUGGGAAUGGGUUUGCGUCGGAGGAGGAGCUGAGGUCUGAUCCAGCUUAUCUGCAAUACUAUUACUCGAAUGUGAAUCUGAAUCCGAGGCUUCCGCCUCCGUUGUUGUCGAAGGAGGAUUGGAGGUAUGCACAGAGGAUGAAAGGAGGGAGUUCUGUUUUGGGUGGGAUUGGGGACAGGAGGAAAGUGAACAGGGCUGAUGAUGCUAGUGGUGGGAGAUCCAUGUUUUCGAUGCCGCCUGGUUUUAACUCGAGGAAACAAGAGAGUGAGGUGGAGCCGGACAAAGUGCGUGGCUCAGCGGAGUGGGGUGUUGAUGGGCUAAUUGGUUUGCCAGGUUUAGGACUUGGCAACAAGCAAAAAAGCCUUGCUGAAAUCUUUCAGGAUGACUUGGGGCGUACGACUCCUGUUCCUGGGCUUCCUUCUCGUCCAGCGAGCCGUAAUGCAUUUGAUGAAAAUGUAGAGGGACUUGGUUCUGCUGAAGCAGACCUGGCUCAUUUGCGCCGUGACUUGAUGACAUCUGAUGCUCUACGAUCUGGUGCAAAUGGCCAGGGCAUGUCUGCAGCCCAAAGCAUGGGCCCACCUUCUUCAUACUCCUAUGCUGCAGCUCUAGGUGCUUCCUUGUCAAGAAGCACCACUCCUGAUCCUCAAAUUGUUGCUAGGGCUCCUAGUCCUUGCCUUACACCUAUUGGAGGAGGAAGAGUUAGUGCUUCAGAAAAGAGAGGCAUUUCUAGUCCAAGCUCCUUUAAUGCUGUCUCAUCUGGCAUCAAUGAGUCUGGAGAUCUGGUAGCUGCCUUAUCCAGCAUGAAUUUGUCUUCAAAUGGUGUAAUAGAUGAUGAGCACCAUUUGCCAUCACAGAUCAAACAGGAUGUUAUUGAUCACCAGAAUUAUCUCUUUGGUCUGCAAGGUGCUGAUAGUCAUGCCAAGCAACUUGCUUACUUAAAGAAGUCUGAAUCUGGGAAUAUACAUAUGCCUUCUCCACAGUCGGCAAAAGGUUCGUACUUGGAUUUGGGUAAGAGCAAUGGGGGUGGGUCAGAUCUGAACAACUCAUCCCCUGACAGGCAAGUUGAGCUGCAAAAAUCUGCUGUUCCUUCUAGUAACUUGUAUAAAGGAUCAUCUGCAUCGAAUCUUAAUGGUGGAGGUGGAUUGCAUAAUCAGUAUCAGCAAGUGGAUAAUGCAAAUUCAUCAUUUUCUAACUAUGGUUUAAGUGGCUACUCUAUGAAUCCAGCCUUGGCAUCCAUGGUGUCUAGCCAACUUGGUACUGGUAAUCUGCCUCCUCUGUUUGAAAAUGUUGCUGCAGCAUCAGGUAUGGUACCUCCUGGAAUGGAUUCAAGAGUACUUGGAGGAGGUUUGGCUUCUGGACCAAACCUAGCAGCUGCUGCAUCUGAUUCACAUAAUCUUGGUAGAUUAGGGAGUCCGAUUGCGGGGACUGGUCUCCAGGCGCCUUAUGUUGAUCCUAUGUAUCUUCAAUACUUGAGGACAUCAGAGUAUGCUGCAGCACAGCUUGCUGCCCUGAAUGAUCCUUCUGUGGAUAGGAACUACUUAGGUAAUUCAUACAUGAAUUUACUUGAACUUCAAAAGGCGUAUCUUGGAGCCUUGCUGUCACCUCAGAAGUCGCAGUAUGGUGUUGGUGUUCCCUUGGGGGGUAAGACUGGUGGUUCAAAUCAUCAUGGUUAUUAUGGAAAUCAUGCCUUUGGCAUGUCUUAUCCAGGAAGUCCCAUGGCAAGUCCCGUUAUUCCCAACUCUCCAGUUGGCCCUGGUAGUCCAAUGAGGCACAAUGAUCUUAAUAUGUGUUAUCCUUCUGGGAUGAGGAAUUUGAAUUUGGGUGGGAGUGUCAUGGGACCAUGGCAUCUGGAUGCUGGUUGUAACAUAGAUGAGACCUUUGCGUCAUCACUCUUAGAAGAGUUUAAGAGCAACAAAGCCAAGUCUUUUGAACUUUCGGAAAUCGGAGGGCAUGUUGUGGAAUUCAGUGCGGAUCAAUACGGGAGUCGGUUUAUUCAACAAAAACUUGAAACAGCCACUACGGAUGAGAAAAACAUGGUUUACCAGGAAAUCAUGCCUCAAGCUCUCGCUCUAAUGACUGAUGUGUUUGGUAAUUAUGUGAUUCAAAAGUUUUUUGAGCACGGACUUCCAUCUCAAAGAAGGGAAUUGGCCAACAAGCUUUUUGGUCAUGUGCUGACACUUAGCCUUCAAAUGUAUGGUUGUCGGGUGAUACAGAAGGCAAUAGAAGUUGUUGAUCUGGACCAGAAGAUCAAAAUGGUCGAAGAACUUGACGGCCAUGUCAUGCGCUGUGUGCGUGACCAGAAUGGGAACCAUGUCAUUCAGAAGUGUAUUGAAUGUGUCCCUGAAGAGGCCAUUCGUUUUAUAGUCUCAACGUUUUUUGAUCAAGUUGUGACCCUUUCCACUCAUCCAUAUGGGUGUCGUGUGAUACAGAGAGUGCUUGAGCACUGCAAUGACCAGAAUACUCAGAGCAAAGUUAUGGAUGAGAUUUUAGGAGCUGUUAGCAUGCUGGCACAAGAUCAGUAUGGCAAUUAUGUUGUUCAGCAUGUACUGGAGCAUGGAAAGUCACACGAGCGUUCUGCUAUAAUAAAGGAAUUAGCUGGGAAGAUAGUCCAAAUGAGUCAACAGAAGUUUGCCUCUAAUGUUGUAGAGAAAUGCUUAGCUUUUGGUGGUCCUGCUGAAAGGGAAUUACUAGUGAAUGAGAUGCUUGGCACUACUGAUGAAAACGAGCCUCUUCAGGCAAUGAUGAAAGAUCAGUUUGCAAACUACGUUGUACAGAAAGUGUUGGAGACUUGUGAUGACCAACAACGCGAGCUGAUUCUUUCACGAAUUAAAGUUCAUUUGAAUGCAUUGAAGAAAUACACUUACGGGAAGCAUAUCGUGGCUCGUGUAGAAAAACUUGUUGCUGCUGGGGAAAGGAGAGUUGCUGCUGCUCAGUUGGCUCCUCACCCUGCUUAGGCGGCGUAGGAAAGAAAGUUGUUUGUACAGCUAACUGAGGCUAGUGUGUGUUUCCCUCUCUCCAUCGUUCGUAUCUAGAAGCUCCGACUCUUACCUAUCUUUUUCAAGACAGGUAUGAGGCAGGUUGGAAAAUAAAGUUGUUGCUUUGUACUGGAAAACUGUACAUUGUGUAGUUUAAAAGUUUAUACAUAGAGUCGAAGCUAGCUGAGGUUCAGAUGUUGAAUGUUCGCUCGCACCUGAGGCCCCUGCAAGAGGAGAUAAAUGCACUAUACAAGUUUUUCUAAGGGUGUAAAAAUGAUUAAUGGUGAGGUUAGUAGUCUAUAUGUUGACGUGACUGUACAAAAAUGUUGCCAUGUGGAGAGCUGUUCAUGAUUAGGCGAGGCCACAGUUUUUUAUAAUGUAUGGUAAUGACGUUGUUUUUUUUGUUCUUCUAAUUACAUAAAGUACAAUUUUCUAUCCGAUCAAGUAUAAUGAUCGAGGUGUUAUCUUAUGUA